AUGCUAUACAGGAGGUACAGUAAUAUUAGAGUAAUUAACCGAGCAGAGAGACAGAAACCUCUACCGUCGGCUCACAAAGGGGUUCAAUUUCUGGGAGUUUGUUUACACCUGCAAAUGAACCAAGAUAUCCGGUCACACUCAUGUCCUUUAUGCUUUCCAUUUCUCGUCCUUCUCGUUUACCCUUCUCGUGUUUCUAAUCUAAUGACAAUGACUAAUGACGUACAACCGGAGCUUGGAGGCUCCAAUCGACAUUAUAGACGAUUCCAGCUCCAAUUUCUGCGUGUUAGCGUACAGUUUAUAAUAAUUGUAAUUGUUAUUGUUUUGCUCCAGGUGAUACUGAUGCCGCACAGCCAUACUGAUCCCGGGUGGCUUAAAACUUUCGAACAAUAUUUUCAUAGUUCGACACGCGGUAUCCUCAACAACAUGGUUACCAAGUUACAGCAGUGGCCCAAUAUGACGUUCAUUUGGAGUGAGGUUUCAUUUCUAUCAUUAUGGUGGGAGAGUGCUCACCCGACGAAGAAAGCGGUGGUUAAGCGGCUGGUAAAAGAGGGUCGCCUCGAAAUGACCACUGGGGGCUGGGUGAUGACGGAUGAGGCGACGUCCCAUAUCUACGCGAUGCUCGACCAGCUCAUAGAAGUGUGCCCCGAUAGUAGACAUUGCGAUCAGAUUCAGGAAAAUUUUGUGUUAUUACACGGAAAGAACAAGAUGACACUUGAUAUCAUCCCAGAUUAUACUCAGUGA